GAAAUUUUUAAUUUUUAUUAAAUUUUGUCUUCUCUUCCAAAUUCUAACAAAAUUUCCCGUAAUACUUAAAAAAAUGGUGAGAGUUACCGAAGAUACAUUUGGCACCGUUCGGGAUCCUUUCACUAAUAAUCUCGUCACGAUACGCAGAUUUACUAUAGACAAUGAUAAUAAUAUCUCAGUACAGAUCAUUACAUAUGGUGCCACUAUAACCUCACUUCUUUUGCCCGACUCUGAAGGAAAAGUAGACGACAUAGCAUUAGGUUUCGAUGAUGUGGAAGGCUAUCAAGAAAAGGAUUUAUCAAAGAAUCCUUAUAUUUGCUGCACUGUGGGGCGCGUGUGUAGUCGAAUAGGCAAUGCUAGUUACGUCUAUAAAGGACAAAGAGUGAAUGUAAGCAAAAACUUUUUGGGAAAACAUUAUCUGCAUGGUGGAAAUCUUGGUUUCGGACAAUGCAUUUGGGAUGUGUUAUGUAUACGACCAAAUGGUGUGGUCUUGCAGUUUAUAUCACCAGAUGGACAUGAGGGUUUUCCAGGUGAAGUAACGGCAAAUGUCACCUUCACAUUAGAUGAUGAAAAUCAAUUUCGUCAAUGCUAUGAAGCCACAACCACAAAGCCUACGCCAGUUAAUAUGACCAAUCAUGGUUACUACAAUUUAGCGGGACAUGCAACUGGCAAGAAGGGCAUGUUUGAACAUAUAGUGCAAAUUAAAGCUCAAACCUUUACUGACAAAGAUGAGGAUACAGUACCGACUGGAGAAAUUUUGCCCUUGAGAAGCACUGAUAUUGAUUUACGUAGACCAGUUAAUAUAGGUGUUGGUAUAAAGAGACUAUAUCCAAAAGGUUAUGAUGAUAAUUAUGUGCUGGCAUUAGAGAAUAACACAAUAACUCUCCAAGCUAAGAUAACUCAUCCACCAACCGGCAGAUUCUUAGAGGUUAGCAGCAAUCAGCCUGGCAUGCAUUUUUAUACCGCACAUAACAUGCCAGAUAUUGAAAAUGGAGAGCGUCCCCUAAUCAAAGGCAAAGAUGGUGUGAAUUAUGAAAAAUAUAGUUCAUUUUGUAUGGAAACCCAACAAUAUCCUGAUGCUGUCAAUCAUUCAAAUUUUCCAUCUAUAAUUCUACAACCAGGAGAGGUCUAUAGACAUGUCUGCAUAUUUAAGUUUAGUAUUUGUUCAAUAAAGGAUGAAACUAUAAAACCUGACGAAGAUUAAAAAAAAAA